UUCAAAUGUCACUUACUAUUCCAUAAUUCAUACAGCUAUUUUAUUUUAUUUUGUUGUGUGGCUAAAAUCGGUGGACAAAAGUAGUAUUUUAAUUAGUAAGAACAAUAAUCUACUUUUUCAGUUAUGGAAGGUUUUAUUGAAGUGAAUGAAAUAUCUGAUUUCGUUUCAUAUAUCCGCAGUAUUGAAUGGCGUGAUCCGUGGCUGAUAGCUUUACUAUCAUUUCACAUUCUGGUAACAUUUAUGUGCUUCUCUACAAGGAAUUAUGGGAACUUUCAAGUUAUGCUGUUUAUAACAUUAUUACUUCUCGUCUAUUUCUCGGAGAGUAUAAACGAGGUGGCAGCAAGGAAUUGGGCCCUGUUCUCCAGACAGCAGUAUUUUGACAGCAAAGGAUUGUUCAUAUCAGUGGUGUUCUCCAUCCCGAUAUUGCUGAAUUGCAUGAUUAUGGUGGGUUCAUGGCUAUACCAAUCAACGCAGAUAAUGACCAACAUCAAGAAGGCACAGUUACGGCAGCGGCUGAAAGAGCUCAACAUCAACAGAGAGCAACAGAAACACAUCAAGUCAGACUAAAUGAUAACAUACAGGUACCGGUAGGACACUAAAUAGCAGAUAUUUUAUCAAGCAAAAACUAGCGAGAAGAUAUCCUGGUCACGGCACCACAUUUGUUGUAAGAAUAUUGAAUAAAAAAGUU